CAAGAUUGUUUGUGAAAGAUAUAACAUAGAAUAUUCGGCAACGACGUGACGCCCAACGAAAACAACGAAACGAACAACGAGAAGAUAAAGGGAGGACGCGAAACAGAAGAAGAAGGAGGAACGUCGCAAACAAAACACACACACGCACACGCACCCGACCAGCCCGGAUCGUCGACCACCAUCGCACCCUCCUUCCCCUCUGAUCGAUCCAUUGUUUCCUUCACUCGAGCGUGUGCAAGCGUGUGCACGAACCAACGCAUCCCACGCCCGUUUCUCUUGCUGCGAAGCAUACGUAGCCAAAGCAACCAAACCAGCCACGCCCAGCAAACAACAAACAGCACGGAGAAGGUGCAAGUAACCACCAUCGCCAACGCAGCCAUCAACACACCGCCCACCGCAGCUUGCAAGAAGGCCCAUGGCACUGCUCAUCGAGAGCGGAGAGUAACGCUGACGGCUCACACACAGCCAUCACAAGUGCUGACAACCGCAGCCACACACCUCAACAGCAGCAGCAGCAGUUGUGGUGGUGGUGGUGGUGGCCAGUGCACGUGCAUACACAUGCGGGGCAGGCGGCGCAGGCAGGGCAGUGUGAAGAUGGCUGCGGCUGCCACAAGCCGACGUGUACGGCCACAAGUGCUGCUGGCCACGGCUGUGAUUGUGCUGGCUUGUCUUGCGCCAUGCCCUGCCACGACUGCCCCUGGGGCGGUGGACAUUCCUUCAUCCGCGCGCAUCUUGGUGUGGGGCGAGGACUUCAAUGACGUGCCCAUCGCCACGGGUAUCGGCAACGACACCACGCCGCCCGCAGGGUCGCUAUCCUGGAACAUCACCGCUGCACAACCCCCAGCACCACGAGGCUACUUUAAGGUGGUGCCUGUCGCAGCAGGUGCUGUUGACCACGUGCUGGAGGCUCAUGCGCUGGGGACAUCUGCCCGCUGGUCCACGGGUCUCUUUUACACGGAGUGUGCAGUGAACCUGACAGCAGGCAUCCACUUGGAGGUGCACGGCACGCUACAGCAAGCAGAUUCGCUCGUGGUCUACUACCUCACGCGCCACGAUGACAGUGGCGGUGGCGGAACAACAACAACAACAACAACAACAGCUGGCACCACUCUGAUCACGCCCACAACCACCACCGCAGCAGCGACGACGACAACAACAACAGCGAUACCACAGGCGUCGACGGUGUCCAUGAACACGACCGCCGCCGCCACCACCACCAUGCGUACCAGCACAAUGCCGCCGCCUACAGACGGUGGCAGCGGUAGUGGGGUGGACCCAGGCAUCUUCCUGCCGCAUCAGUCCAUUGAAGUGGCUCGCAUCACAGCGGCAACCGUGAAGCAACAACAGCAACAGCAGGAGGGAAAUGGCACGGCUGGCGGCGUGUGGGAGGACCACGUUCUCUUCUUCUCGGACAUCAACGCCAACUACGUGCAGCUGGGUGUGGAGGUGGUGCUGGGAGACACGAGCGACGCGACCUUUGUCAUUGACAACAUCACCCUGCAUGCUGCCGCCCCGCUUCGUGAGGAGGCGCACUGGUCGCCGUGGUCCCCCAUCGCUUGGUCCAACUGGACGCAGUGGGAGCCGCAGGAGUGCAACGUCAACCAGACACGCACGCGCACGGGCACGCGCACGCGCACGUGUGUUGUUCCCAACUGCGCACCGCCGGCGUCGACGUGCAACGAUGGCGGUGCAAGCGAGGAGGUGGCGCAGACGGAUGCGCGGCCCGCGAGCGACAACUGCUGUGGCCCCGUGCACGGCGGGUGGUCAAACUGGACCGUCGCGCCGUCGCUGUCUGGUGAAUGGACGGAGUGGUCGCCGGCGCAGUGCGGCGUUGAGCAGCAGCGAACGCGGCAGGUGGUGGCAACGCGCACGUGCACGAGCCCUGCGCCGCUGUGCGGGGGAGCUCCCUGUGCGGGCAACGCCACCCGCGUGACAACGGAGCAAGACACGCGCACGGCCGCCGACAACUGCUGCCCUGUUGACGGUGGCUGGACUGCCUGGCUCGCUGGAGAGUGGUCCCCCUGGUCGGCCUUCUCCCCGGACACGUGUGGUGUUGAACAGACGCGCACGCGCAUUCGCCGCCGCACGCGUACAUGCACGCAGCCGGCACCGGCUUGCGGCGGACUGCCCUGUCCUGGAAACAGCACACACAUCGACACGGAGACGCAGACGCGCAACGCCAGCGCCAACUGUUGUGCAGUAGACGGGGAGUGGUCGCAGUGGGCGCCGGAGGAGUGGAGCAACUGGUCUGACUACACGCCCAGCGAAUGCGGUGUUGAACAGAGGCGGGAACGGCUUCGCACGCGCGUGCGCACGUGUACGGACCCUGCGCCCGUGUGUGGGGGAAGCGCGUGUGUUGGCUCGCCCACGGCCACAGACACACAGAGUCAAGUGCGCACCGCAGAAGAGAACUGCUGCUCUGUCAACGGAAACUACACGACGUGGCGUGGUGGCCCCUGGUCUGCGUGGACAGACUACAGCCCUGCAGGUUGCGGGGUCAACCAGACGCGCGCGAGAACACAGGUGCAGACACGCACGUGCACCAACCCAUCGCCAGCGUGUGGCGGACUCGCAUGCACGGGACCAGAUACGCGCGACUACGUUGAUAUUGAGUACCGCACUGCCGAGGAGAACUGCUGCCCCGUUGACGGCAACUUCACCGCCUGGCAGACGAGCGAAUGGUCGCAGUGGUCCGCCUACACACCAGACGUGUGCGGUGUUGCACAGAACCGCACGCGUCGUCGCAUACACACGCGCAACUGCACGGCGCCGGCGCCGUCGUGUGGCGGCCGUGAUUGUGUUGGCGAGACGCGCGUGGUGGACACGAGAGUUGGCACGCGCACUGCCGAGGAAAACUGCUGCCCCGUUGAUGGCCAGUUUGGGGAAUGGCAGGAUGGGUCUUGGACGGAGUGGAGUGAGUUUGCGCCAGAGGGGUGCGGCAUUGAGCAGAGCCGCUUUCGGCAGAAGCAGCAAACCCGCGAAUGCAACAACCCGCCGCCAAGCUGUGGCGGCGUCUCGUGUUCGGGCGAGCGCGUGCGCAUCGUGGAGGAUGUAGAGCGGCGCGUUGCUGAUGAAUACAUGGACGGCGGGUGGUCUGACCCCAUGCCCGUCUCCGAGUGGACAGAGUGGUCGCAACCCUGGCCUGCAGACUGCGCUGGCCCGCAGACACAGAACCGCACGCGCAUGCUCAACCGCACAUGCACCAACCCGGCGCCGCAGUGUAACGGCCGUCCCUGCGAGGGCGACGCCACGCUCGUCGACAUCCAAGUGCGCAACGUGACUUGGCAGCCCGUUGACGGUGCCUUUGGGGCGUGGUUCGCACCAGAUGGCAGCGAGUGGUCGGCGUGGUCGGCGUUCGACCCACCAGGAUGCGAUGUUGCGCAACAGCGAAACAGGACGCGUGUGGAGGUGCGCACAUGCACAAACCCCGCGCCGGCUUGCGGCGGCCGUGAUUGCGUUGGCGCCACCACUCGCAUUGCGGUGCAGGUGGAGAACAGGACAGCAGCAGAGUCGUGCGUUCCUGGCUGUGUGCGCAAUGCCACAUACACCCCAUGGCAAGAGGGGUCCUGGUCUGCCUGGGAACCCCCACUCGAUCUCCUUCUCUGCGACACUCCACAGGGGCAAGCACGGACCCGCCGCCGCAUGCGCGAGUGCGUGGCGCCCGUGUGCGGUGGACAGCCGUGCACAGAGGACCUGGCAGAGGCAGUGACGGAACAGCGAAGCAUGACGCUGCGAAACCUCAGUGCAGACGUGAGCGAAUGGCUGCUGGGCAACUGGAGCGCGUGGACAACACCCAACCCGGGUGACAACUGCCCGCUCGUUUCAAACGUUUGGGUGCGGCGGCGCCAGGAUGCGCGCACCUGCGCCAUCCCGCCAAACUCGUGCAACCAAGACGCGUGUGCUGGCGUCUCCACACAGCGCACUGUGCGUGAUUGGUCGCUUGGCCCAACAGCACCAUCGUCACAACCAACGGCACCAACAGUACCAGACGCAGGCACUACCACUACCACCACCGUCACCGCCCCCAACGGCACGACCAGCAAUAGCAACAGCACUGCAAGCAACCAAGCCGUGUUUCGAUCACAGGACUGUUGCGACGGGUUCCAAGGCUGGGCGGUUGUACACAUGUCGGAAUGGUCCGCGUGGGGUUAUCCAGACAUUGACGCGCUGGGACUGCCGUGCAACAGCACGCACGAAGUGCAGCGCACCCGCUCUCGCAACGUGACUCGCGCAUGCGACGCUGCCGGCACACCGUGCGCGUCGCGCGUGUGUGUUGGCGAUGCGCGUGUGGUCGAAGAUGACAUGCAGACCGUCCCCGUGUCUGCCCUGCAGGAUGGCUGGUCGUCGUUUGUGUUUGGCGAGUGGAGCGACUGGCAGUUUGUCGACACCAUCGGCUGUGGGCAGCAACGCGUGCGCGUUUCCAAGCGCGUUGGGGUUCGCACGUGCACGUCACCGUGGCCGUCGUGCCGCUGCGUUGGUCCACAGACUGUCACAAACGUCCGCAAUGAGACCGUGUAUGGAGAGGCGACAUGCGACAGCGCGUGCCGCGUUGAUGGCGGCUGGUCGCUCUGGGUUUCACAGGAAGGGUCGUGGACACCAUGGACGCCAUGGCUGCCGAAAGGGUGCGGCGUUGAGCAGCGUGCAAACCGCACGCGCACGCUCGUGCGCAGCUGUGUGAACCCGAGCCCUGCGUGUGGCGGGCGGGACUGUGAAGGGCCAUCAACCACCGUUGACGUCGCCGCCCGCAAGCGAUCUGCAGAGGACAACUGCUGCGGCUGCAUCACGUGCCAACCUGGCCGCUACCUCGACCAGUUUGAGCCGAGUCGCACGGCGUGUCGCCCCUGUCCUGCCGGCACGGUUGGUGACGGAGCCCAGUGCGCGCAAUGCAGCCCUGGCGUCUAUGUGCCUGAAGGGUCGGUGCCAGACUGUGAGCAGUAUGCGUGUGAAGAAGGAUACACAGACCACGACUUUGACCCAGCGACGCCGUGUGUUCCUUGCAGCGCCACGGGCUGUCCCUCUGGCUCGUUUCCCCUCUACACAUGCACAGCAACACAAGACUUGCGCUGCGCACCUUGCCCGCCAGACACGUUUAGCCCCGAUGGCGUGGCAUGUCGCGCGUGCGAUGCCCCGUGCGAGAACGGCAGCUAUGCCGCCUCGGUUUGCGAUGGAAAAUCAAACUUCCAGUGCCUCCCAUGCACACCAGAGUCCACCUGUCCCUUUGGCGUGAAGCGCCCCUGUGAGGCCCUCGUUGACACCACAUGCUUUGCAUCGCCAGAGGAGGCAAAUGCCAGCAACGACGGCGAUUCUGGUGGGGCUGGCUUGUCACAGGCAUGGUUGAUUGUGGUGCUUUGCCUGGGCGGCCUAUUUAUUGCAACCAACUGCUACUGGGUUGGCCGCUCAUGUAACCGCACGAAGCAAUCCGACCUCUACCCAAUCAACGAGAUGGAGAUGUCCACACUCAGCCGCAACGGCGCCGUGGUCAAGCUGCCGCACACAGCAGGCGUUGCGCCCGUAUACGCUGAUGGCGAUUCCGACUCUGGGCUGGCGGAGACACCGCUGCAAGCGUGGAUGCUGCCUGGUCACAACGCAUCGCCAGCCACUGCCCGGCGUGGCGCAGAGCCUGCCUCGGCCAAGCUGGCCAGCCCGCAGCAGAGCGGCGGCAGCGCACACACGGCAACAACGACCAUGACGGCUGCAACGGGCCAGACGAGUGGGGCUGCUGCUGGUGCAAGCAACAGCCAGACCAGUGGUGGCAGCACUGGUGGCGGGUCGUGGUGGUCGCGGUUCACGCGUCACCGGUCCCGCUCACCAGCGGCCCCGCGGUCGGCAGUGGUGCUGCCCACACGCGAUUUCAGCGGCGCGUACGGCGGCGAUGGAGGCCACGUCCACGCCGUGAACACGGGCCACGUAGCGUUGAAUCUGCCCAUGUACACGGAUGCUGAUGGGAUGCAGGCUGCGCUUGAGUCGAGAACAACGCCUUCGCCACAGCAGCAGCGGCGGCGGCCGGCAGAACUGCGGGCAACGCAGCGGCGAAAGCCCGGCACGCGCCCAAAGCUGUACAUGCAAGCAUACCAGCCCUCUUCCGCAAGCACCGCGUCCCCGUCCCCACGCCUUCCUCCGCGCCGCAUUGCGGGCGACGAGAGCGGGUCGUCCAUCUGCAGUGUUGAUCCGUCGCCAGACUACCUGACGGCAGCAGCAGCGGUGGUGCAGCCAAAGGAGUCCAUCUACGCCACAGCCGGCGCAAGCACGCGACGGGCACGUCGCAUGACGCAGCGCCUGCAGCCGUCUGCGGGGCGCAAAGUGGCCGUUGGUGGUGCCAGUGGAAACGGCGCGCACGCCAUGUCGCCACACCAAGCCUUUGGCCCCAGCCCAACUCAGUUUGGCGGCGUUUCCUUGCAGCGAGACGACCAUGGCGAUGUGGUUGUGGACGAUCGAGAACACAGCAGCGUGCACCCUCAUCUCAACCCCAGCAACGCACACCCUGCCCAACACCACCAACACCACCAACGCCACACGCGGCGGCGCCAGCCACGCGUCAACCACAGUGACAGCGAAGGUGAUGCUGAUGCGUCAUCGGUGGACUCGGACUACUGCGUCCCUGAUGAUGCGCGCGACGUGGAGGACCCGCCGUAUGCGCGCGCGAAUGACGUUGGCAUUUACUCGAGCAUGACACGGUCUGGCACGGUGAAGAGCGGGCGGUCAGACGCCACGGAUGCCACAUACGCGCGUGCGGAGGACUUCCCGCAAGCGCUGCCGGCCUCAGCGGUGCACACCUACGCAGAGCCGGUCCGGCCGUGGCGACAACACUCGUCCACAACCCUGUCGACAUCUGGCCAGUCUGUCGCGCGGGAUGGUGAUCGGAGUCGCGCUCAUUUUGGUGGUGGUGAUGGUGAUGACGGUGACAUGGUGUUGGCGUCUCCAGAUGACGUGGGCGGCCGGGAGCGGCGCCACAGCAGCAGCAGCCAGUACGCCAGCUUGUUUGGAGAGGUGCGGGAGGUGGCGGUUGGCAGCGGCGAGGGCGGCGGGCGCGGUCAUGCUGGCCGGGAUUCAGACUAUGACCACCUCGAUCGCUCUGGUGAUGUGCGUGGGUCCGUGUGGGCAAACGAUGAGCGGCCCGGCCCGCUUGUGCUGCACGAUGAUGAGAUGGAGGAAGGGUUCUACUCCAUCUUCAGCGCGCACGCGACCAACGACGAAGAGGUGCCGGCGCGGGUGAGGCAGGUGUUCAACAACCUCAAGCGCCAGCACACGCAACCCCACAGCGAUGAGGAUGAUGAUGAUGAUGAUGAGGAGGAGGAGGAGGAGGAAGAUGAAGACGCUGAAGAUGACUUUGGUGGGGUUGGUGGUGGGGGCAUUGGUGGCGAGCGGGAAGGGGCGCGCCAAGCAAAUGGUAGUGGACAGCAACAACUGCAACACCAGCAGCAGGCGGAAGGCCGGGGUCGGCGCGGGCGUGGCCGCAGCAGCAGGACCUCUGUAUCCAGCCAGGGCGGCUGCACACGCGCUUCGCUAGCGUCUGAGGAGGAUACGUGGGUGCCUGGUGAAGAGGGGCCGAUGAAUGGGCGUGGUGGUGGGCAGGGGACAGCACCGGCUACGGCCACCACAUCUGCGCGCGCGUCAUCAUCCGCAUCAUCACUGCAAGGGGGAAACAGCAAGGCGCUGUCCUCUGCGUCUUCACGGGCAUCGGUACUGGCGUCGCACCAAGCCAUGCCGCCAUCGACGGCGCAAAGCGGCCGCCAGGUCGGCUCCAUUGAUGCGUUUAUCGCCGCGUUUGCCAAAGACGGCAACAACAACCCACCCAAGGUGCAGCAGCAGCAGAAGCAGCAGCAACAACAAGAGGAUGGUGAGAUUGGGACAUCAUUGACAACAACUGCGACUGCAACAGUGACGGCGACUGCGACGGCGCCAGAGACAGAGACAGAGACAGAGACAGCAAAGCCGAAGCAGCGCCGCCUGUCGCUGCGGCGUUCCUCCAGAAAGAAAUCCAAGGACAAGAAGAAGAAAUCGUCGUCGUCCUCGUCGUCCUCGUCAUCGUCAGCAAAGCCGCGGCCCCGGUCUGAGGCGGACAUCCGCCACAUUGUGUUUGUCAACUCUGGCGCUGACGACGAGGAAGCUGGCGGAGCCGAUCACCACCACCACCGUCACCAUCAGGGUCAGCAGGGGCACCAGGAGCACCAGCAGAGGUCUGGUAUGCGAGAGGGCAAGCAGCGGUCGCGGGGUGGGGGCAAGAACAAGUCGAUGACGCGGAAGAAGACAAAGCCGCGGCCGCGGUCGGAGGGCCACGAGUCGCCCGCGAGCGAUGUGCCGAUGGCCAUUCCCACCGCAACACCUGCCAAUCCACCGAAACCAAAACCCCAGCGCGGCACAACCACCUCCACCGACUGGUUUUCUUCCUUUGUGCGCCAACACGCAGGCAACGAGUGAUGUGAAUGCUUCUGUGUGUGUUGUGCAUGUGUGUUUUUUUGUGCCCAGGCGCCCACUUCCACGGUACUACGAAGACCUUCAAGGCAGUUCUCAAUGUUAAAUUACACCUGAUGACGCCAAAUGACGCCACCCC